AAAACCUCAAUCAAACAUGGUUGCCAACUUAGUUUCUCUUGCUACUAUUUCUAUCUUGGUUCUACACAUUCUUGGAUUGAACGUUGCUAGAGCUGAUUUUGGAGGCUGGCAAAAUGCUCAUGCCACCUUCUACGGCGGCGCCGAUGCUUCCGGCACCAUGGGUGGGGCAUGUGGUUACGGCAACAUGUAUAGCCAAGGGUACGGCACCAACACCGCGGCAUUGAGCACAGCCCUCUUCAACAACGGCCUCACGUGCGGUGCAUGCUACGAAAUGCAGUGCACAGGCGACUCCCGGUCGUGCUUGCCCGGCACGGUCAAAAUCACUGCCACCAACUUCUGCCCUCCCAACUUCGGCCUCCCUAACAACAACGGCGGCUGGUGCAACCCGCCCCUCCAACAUUUCGACAUGGCACAACCUGCCUUCCUCCAAAUCGCCAAGUACCGCGCUGGCAUCGUGCCGGUAUCCUACAGAAGGGUGGCUUGUGUGAAGAAAGGGGGGAUUAGGUUCACAAUCAACGGCCACACGUACUUCAACUUGGUUCUGAUCAGCAACGUCGCGGGUGCAGGGGACGUCCAUGCUCUCUCAGUCAAAGGCUCCAAGACCGGUUGGCAAACAAUGUCGAGAAAUUUUGGCCAAAACUGGCAAGCCAAUUCGUAUCUCAACGGUCAAUCCCUCUCCUUCCGCGUCACAGCCAGUGAUGGUAGAACCGUCACUGCGAACAACGUGGUACCCGCGAAUUGGCAGUUUGGGCAGACCUUCCAAGGCUCUCAAUUUUAAUGCUGAUUUAGAUCGUAAUUUUAAGCUAGGAUUACAUAAAUUGAUGAUAUAAAAUGUAUGUAUUUGGUGAACAUUGUGUUUAUGAUUGGUAUGCAUAGAGAGGUUCAAGCAGAGGUAUCUUGACUUGUUAGUACCCGCUUGGCCUUAAUUGCGUCUCUCUUUUUUAAGGGAUGUUGCCAUUCUGUCUCUAUUAUUAUUAUUAUUAUUAUUAUUAUUAUUCAUAUAUAAAUAUAAAUUCGAGUUGUUUA